AUUUUGCGGAAGUGUUGGAAAAGUUAAAAUACAAGUUCUUAUAUCAAGGAAAGUUAAAUGCAGAAACUGAGAUAUAAAUGUAACAGGAGUGUAAUCCACUGAGAUCAGACACUUCAGGAUCUCAACAGCUAGUUUGUGUAUACACUUAAUAAUAUUCAAAGAUGAAGACUCCUGAUCUGGACACUGAUAACGUGUCCCCACCCUCUAAAAAACGUAAACUCCAGGGAGAGAGAUCAGAAUCAGCAGCACCCAGCUGUAUCUCCAUGAAGAGUGAUGUGUCUGUGUAUCAGCCUAUUAAGUUUAAAGCCGGAGUCUUCUCACCUCUACACAGGCACGACCCAGAAUCUGCUGCUGUAAAUGAGUUCCAGGAAAAAUUUAAAUUAAAUCUGAUGAAGAAGUUUCAAUUCUUGAAUGGAGUGAUAAUAAACCUGGGAACCCAAACACUCCUGAAUGAGAUCUACACAGAGCUCUACAUCACAGAGGGAGACAGUGGAGACAUCAAUAAUGAACAUGAGGUAGGACAGAUCGAAGCAGCCUCGAGGAGAACAACAACAGAGGACACACCAAUCAAAGGCAAUGACAUUUUUAAGCCCUUAUCUGAACAAGACGGACCCAUCAGAUCUGUGCUGACAAAGGGAGUUGCUGGCAUCGGAAAAUCUGUCUCUGUGCAGAAGUUCAUUGUGGACUGGGCUGAAGGGAAAACAAAUCAGGACAUCCACCUCAUAUUUCCACUUCCUUUCAGAGAGCUGAAUUUGAUGAAGGACCAGAAAAUGAGUCUGAUGGAGCUCCUUCAUGUCUUUUUUAAAGAAACAAAAGAAACAGAAAUGUCCAGUUUGGAAAAGGUUCUGUUCAUUUUUGAUGGAUUGGACGAGUGUCGUUUUCCUCUAGAUUUCCAGAACACAGUGAGAGUAUGUGAUGUAACUGAAUCUGCAUCCGUGCCUGUGCUGCUGAUCAACCUGAUUAAAGGGAAUCUGCUUCCCUCUGCUCUCAUCUGGAUCACCUCCCGACCUGCAGCAGCUGAUCAAAUCCCCUCUGAGUGUGUCCAUCGAGUCACAGAGGUACGAGGGUUUAAUGACCCACAGAAGGAGGAGUACUUCAGGAAGAGGAUCAGUGAUCAGAGCCUGGCCAAUAACAUCAUCACACACCUGAAGUCAUUAAGAAGUCACUAUAUCAUGUGUCGCAUCCCAGUCUACUGCUGGAUUUCAGCCGCUGUUCUAGAGAAAAUGUUGGGUCAAGCAGAGAGAGGAGAGAUCCCCAAGACUCUGACUCAAAUGUACACACACUUCCUCAUCAUUCAGAUAAACAUCAUAAGAGAAAAGUACUCGAAGAAGCAGCAGCAUGAUGAAGAAAUGCUUCUUAAACUGGGACAACUGGCUUUUGAGCAGCUGGAGGAAGGCAACCCGAUCUUUUAUGAUGAAGACCUGAGAGAGUGUGGCAUUGAUGUGAGAGAAGCAGCAGUGUACUCAGGUGUGUGUACACAGAUCUUCAGAGAGGAGUUUGGGCUUCACCAGAGUAAAGUGUACUGCUUUUUUCAUCUGAGCAUUCAGGAACACCUCGCAGCUCUGUAUGUGCACCUGAUGUUCAGGAUGAAGAAGAGAAAUGUUCUUAAAAAGAGUCGAGCUUCAAAACAGAAGAAGGAAGAAAUUACAGUUUUAGAUUUCCACAAGUGUGCUGUAGAUAAAGCUUUAAAAAGUCAGACUGGACAUUUGGAUCUUUUCAUUCGCUUUCUUCUGGGUCUCUCACUGGAGUCCAAUCAAAAACUCUUACAGGUUUUAGUAACACAGACAGGAAGUAACUCACAGUGCACAGAGGAAACAGUUCAGUACAUUAAGAGGAGGAUCAGUAAAGCGCGUUCUACAGAGAAAUCCAUCAAUCUGUUCCACUGUCUGAAUGAACUGGGUGAUAAUUCUCUGGUGAAGGAAAUCCAACACUACCUGAAAUCUGGAAAAAAAAGUGAACUUUCCUCAUCACAGUGGUCUGCUCUGGUGUUUGUUUUACUGACAUCAGCACAAGAGCUGGAAGAAUUUGAACUGAGUAAAUAUAUCAGUCCAAAUAAGAUAACAUAUAAUGUUCUUCAGAAGUUGAUGCCUGUGAUUGCAGCAUCCAGGAAAGCAAUUAUCAGGUGUGAUAAAGUUGGAGUGGAAGGUUGUUUAGCUCUGAGUUCAGCGCUCAACUCAGAAACCUCAAAUCUGAGAGAACUGCAUCUGACUGUGAAAACACUGGAUCUGUCCUACAGUACAUUAGAAGACUCAGGAGUAAAGACUCUCUCUGCUGUACUGGAGAAUCCUCACAGUAAAGUGCAAAGUCUGAGGUUGUAUAACUGUGGUGUCUCAGAUGAAGGCUGUGCUGCUCUGACUUCAGCUCUGAGAUCAAACCCCUCACACCUGAGAGAACUGGAUCUGUCCUAUAAUAAAGUAGGAGACUCAGGAGUGAAGUGUCUCUGUGCUGUACUGGAGAAUCCUGACUGUAAACUGGAGACACUGGGGUUGUGUGAGUGUGGUGUCUCAGAUGAAGGCUGUGCUGCUCUGACGUCAGCUCUGAGAUUAAACCCCUCACACCUGAGAAUCCUAAAUCUUUCCUGGAAUAAUGUAGGAGAUUCAGGAGUGAAGUGUCUCUGUGCUGUACUGGAGAAUCCUCACUGUAAACUGGAGACACUGAGGUUGUGGAGUUGUGGUGUCUCAGAUGAAGGCUGUGCUGCUCUGACUUCAGUUCUGAUAUCAAACCCCUCACACCUGAGAGAACUAGAUCUUUCCUUGAAUAAUAAAAUAGGAGACUCAGGAAAGAAAUUACUCUCUACUCUUAGGGAUAGUGAACAUUACAAACUACAGACACUGGGGUUGUGAUGAAGACGCUGGUGUUCAUGCAUUUCCAUGUUGGUAAUAGAGAACAUGCCUAUAAACACAUCACUCGGAUGACAAAAACCAUCCCCUCUGUAAAACUACCAUACUUCUUACCAUCCCAUUUAGAUUAAUAAUGCUGUGCAUUAUUUAAAAUUUUUCAUGAAAAAAAUGUAAUAUGAAAACUCUCUAUAAAUGGUCAUCUUUGAACUGAUAGUGGUAAACAGAAUUCAGUAUUGUAAUUUUAAUAUGGACACUUUAUUCUUAUUCGUUUUAAAUAUGUGUUUUAUACCCUCAUAUUUUGAACUUCACAUAUUUUGAAGCGCGAAACGAAUCAUGCACGUGAUUCUGGGAAAAACAAACGAGGCCUCAGUUGUCAUUGUCAUGUGAAAUUCAGGGUAACAACACAUUUGAAACAAGGCUUUAUUUGGAAAUGCCCCUUAUGCUCGACACAAGCUUCGGAGCUUCAGUGUCCUAUGUAACAUCACUAACAUACAGUAUAAUAACAGUUCAUGCAUAAUUAAGACUUUCUCCUACCACUCAGCUGCUGGCUGAUAAAGGACACAAGGAACAGUU